CGGCUACGGCCAGACUGAGGUUUUCUCCAGGCCCGCGGGCCAGAGUAGACAUGGCUUCGGCCUCGGUGGCAGCAGCACGACGCGGUCUCGGCCGUGCUCCCCGUCUCCUCCUCCGGCGCGGCUACCAGACCGAGCGCGGCGUCUACGGCUACCGGCCAAGGAAGCCCGAGGGCCAAGAGCCCGGGGUGGGCCUGGCGCGCUCCCCAGUGGAUCAUGGCCUUGCCAGAUUGGUGACAGUAUACUGUGAGCAUGGUCAUAAAGCUGCCAAAAUCAACCCUCUGUUUGCUGGACAAGCCCUGCUGGAGAGUGUACCUGAAAUCCAAGCCUUGGUGCAGACGCUGCAGGGCCCUUUCAACACCACAGGAUUAUUGAACAUGGGGAAGGAAGAGGCCUCUCUGGAGGAAGUACUGGCCUAUCUCAAUGAAAUCUACUGCGGGCAGAUCUCUAUUGAAACCGCCCAACUUGAGAGCCAGGAGGAGAAAGACUGGUUUGCCAAGAGGUUUGAAGAACUGAAAAAGGAGACAUUUACUACAGAGGAACGGAAAUAUUUGUCCAAGCUAAUGCUAGAAUCUCAGGAAUUUGACCACUUUUUGGCCACCAAGUUCGCCACAGUGAAGCGAUACGGAGGCGAAGGGGCUGAAAGCAUGAUGGGCUUUUUCCACGAGCUGCUGAAGAUGUCAGCCUAUGCUGGGAUCACCGAUGUCAUCAUAGGGAUGCCCCACAGAGGGAGGCUGAAUCUGCUGACCGGCCUCCUGCGGUUCCCUCCAGAGCUCAUGUUCCGUAAAAUGCGAGGCUUAAGUGAAUUUCCAGAGAAUCUCUCAGUGACCGGAGAUGUCCUGUCUCACCUGACCUCCUCUGUGGACCUGGACUUCGGCGCACACCAUCCCGUCCACGUGACAAUGCUGCCUAACCCUUCGCAUCUGGAAGCUGUCAACCCAGUGGCCGUGGGGAAAACUCGUGGCAGGCAGCAGUCUCGACAAGACGGGGACUACUCUCCAGACAGCUCAGCUCGGCCCGGGGACAAAGUCAUUUGCUUACAGGUUCAUGGUGAUGCUUCUUUCUGCGGACAAGGGAUUGUUCCAGAAACGUUCACACUGUCUAACCUACCACAUUUUAGAAUUGGUGGGAGUGUCCAUCUCAUUGUCAACAAUCAGCUGGGUUACACCACCCCAGCAGAGAGAGGGAGAUCUUCUUUAUACUGCAGUGACAUUGGGAAGCUCGUGGGCAGUGCCAUCAUCCACGUCAACGGAGACAGCCCAGAGGAAGUGGUCCGUGCCACACGGCUGGCUUUUGAAUACCAGCGCCGGUUCCGGAAGGAUGUCAUUGUUGACUUGUUCUGCUACAGGCAGUGGGGCCACAAUGAGCUGGACGAGCCUUUCUUCACCAACCCAGUCAUGUACAAAAUCAUCAGAGCCCGAAAGAGCAUCCCUGACACAUAUGCAGAGCACCUUAUUGCCAGUGGACUCAUGGCCCAGGAGGAGGUGUCUGAAAUAAAAUCUUCCUACUAUGCCAAGUUAAAUAACCACUUAACUGACACGGCCCACUAUAGCCCCCCCGCCACUAACCUGCAAGCCCACUGGCAGGGCCUAGUUCAGCCAGAAGCAAGAAUCACCACCUGGAACACAGGUGUGCCCCUUGACCUCCUGCGGUUUGUCGGUGGGAAGUCUGUGGAGGUUCCAGAGGAGCUCCAGGUCCACAGUCACCUCCUAAAGAUGUAUGUUCAGUCUAGAAUGGAGAAAGUGAUGGAAGGCACAAAGCUGGACUGGGCCACAGCGGAAGCUCUUGCCUUCGGCUCCCUACUUGCUGAAGGUUUUAAUGUCCGUCUGAGUGGCCAAGAUGUUGGCCGUGGAACUUUUAGCCAGAGGCAUGCAAUGGUGGUUUGCCAGGAGACCGAUGAUACCUAUCUCCCUCUGAACCACAUGGACCCUCAUCAGAAGGGGUUUCUAGAGGUGAGCAACAGCCCGCUGUCAGAAGAGGCCGUCCUAGGAUUUGAGUAUGGAAUGAGCAUUGAAAGCCCAAAGCUACUGCCCGUCUGGGAGGCUCAGUUUGGUGAUUUCUUCAAUGGUGCCCAGAUCAUCUUUGACACGUUCAUCUCUGGAGGAGAGGCCAAGUGGCUGCUACAGAGCGGCAUCGUCAUUCUCCUUCCACACGGCUACGAUGGGGCUGGGCCAGACCACUCGUCUUGCCGCAUAGAGCGUUUCCUGCAGAUGUGUGACAGCAGAGAAGAGGGGGUGGAUGGAGACACCGUGAACAUGUUUGUGGUUUACCCCACAACCCCCGCACAGUAUUUCCACUUGCUUAGAAGACAGAUGGUCCGGAACUUCAGAAAACCCCUCAUCGUUGCUUCUCCUAAGAUGUUACUCAGGCUCCCUGCAGCUGUGUCGGCUCUUCAAGAAAUGGCACCAGGAACAACAUUCAAAGCGGUCAUUGGUGAUUCAUCUGUGGAUCCAAAAAAGGUUAAGACACUUGUGUUCUGCUCUGGCAAACAUUUCUACGCCCUGGUAAAGCAGAGAGAAUCCCUGGGGGCCAAGAAGGAUGCCUUUGCCAUCAUCCGCAUAGAGGAGCUUUGCCCCUUCCCCCUGGACUCUUUGCAACAAGAGAUGAGCAAAUACCAGCAUGUGAAAGAUCUGAUCUGGAGUCAGGAGGAACCUCAGAACAUGGGUCCAUGGUCUUUUGUUUCUCCAAGGUUUGAAAAGCAAUUGGCCUGCAAGCUCCGUCUUGUGAGCCGUCCCCCUUUGCCAGUGCCUGCCGUGGGGAUUGGCACGGUUCACCUGCAGCAGCAUGAGGACGUCCUCACCAGGACCUUCACUUGAUGACGACUUUUGGAGAACCACUACUUCCUGCUAAGAAAACUGUCACAAAAAGCAAGGCCUGCUUUUUAUGAAAUGAUCGUAUUCCUCAAAGAUGUUGGGAUGGAUGUGAACAAUUUAAUCUGGAAUAGUUGAAACAAUCAGGGGAAUAGGUUAUAAAUACAAGAAUAUAACCAGGAAAUGUAUCCUUGAGAUUUCUGUAGUGCUAUGGUCUGGUUAGAUCUGAAUGAGUUGGAGAACGAGGUCAUUCUGGAGAUGAUUUCAGACUCUAAUCAUCUAUGACCAGGAAAAGUUCUUGAGCCUGAAUUUACAGCUACAUAUAGAUGACCGCAGUGCUGAGUCUCGACUGGUUUGAUGCAUAUCACUUUCAUUAAUUUUUCCUUUUCAGAGUCCUGUGAUCACGAAUAUUUUAUUUUAUGUAAACUCCUCUGCUGUUUUCUCACCACUGUACAAAAUGUUUCACCAAACACUAGCACAACUAGAUUAUGAUUAUUCCUAAUUUGUGUUCUUAAGGUAGUAAGUAGUUUUACCCAUUAUCCAGAAAUCUAGAUGCUAUUAGAUAUAAGUCUUCUGGGUGUGUGAUUUUCUAGCGGUGUACUUAGCUAGAAAUGAAAUUGAUUUGUGAUCUAUUUUGCCAUAAUUUCUCUCUCUCUCUCUUCAAAUUGUUGUUGUGGUUAUAUGUUAACUGUAUUUGGCCAAUUUGGGUGUCUGAUGUGGGAUUUCAGCCUCUGGCUAACCAGUCUUGUCUCUACGUGUCCCUGCUACACCAUGCUGUUUAUUUAUGAUAUUUGAAGAGCACUUUAACAGGGGAUCUUUCACAAUGCCAGGUGCUUGGGGAUUUCUUAGAGCUCCCAAGCAACAACCAGCUCCUCAGUCUGAAGUUACACCUAGCACUGGAAGCAUCUCUAAACAGCAAACUACGUGGCCCUACUUUACUCAGUGUUAUGGAGCAGAGCCCCUGCCAUCUACUGUUCUGGGGUCAUUACAUCACUUUUCUCAGAAGUGACAGGGGAGUGAACUGGAACAAGUCCACACCUUCCACACAACUACCAGCAACUGGUCAAGUCUUUCAGAAUCCCCAUUUGUAUUAGUCGUGCUGGCCACAGCGAUAGAUUUAUGAGUCAAAUCUUAGACGUGUAUUUUUUUAGUGUGUUGAUUUAAUGUUUCUACAGCAUUGAUGGCCUUCCUCUUCCUACAUACCUCAGUGCGUCCUUCCUGUGACGAACCUUAUAAAAUAAAUUGUGUAAUUUAGCACCACUCAAGUAAAUCAGGUGAAUUACAAAGGUCUAUUUAAUGAGACAAGUUAUCCAUGUUGCAUAUUUAAUUAGAAAAAAAUAAAAGCACAAUGUCAUUUUUUC